GGGGUCCUUGACUGUCCCACAUGGAAACACACAGGACAUAGAGCUCUUUAAACCCAUCUGUCGCGGAGUCACUACGGCCCUUCAGCAUGAAUACAAACCAUAGCUGUUACCGUGUGGUGAGAACGGAGCCGUCCACACACACACACACACACACACACACACACACACACACACACACACACACACACACACACAGACAGAGACAGAGACAGAGCAAACUGUCACUCGGCAGCCAGCUAACGUCAAGUUUCUGCCCGUUAAGCGGAGUUGUUGAGCGGCGGGGCGGGAGGAAGAGUUUGACGGUGCCCUCAUUCACCAAACUGGUGGAGUCCCUCAGACGGAGGUGCUGUGUGGUGUAUCACCGGCUGUGACCGCUGAUCCCUGAGGAGCAUGAGUUAUGACCUCAGUGGUGCUGGUCGACAGUGGCGGGACGGCGGUGGAGUAUGUCACAGCUGAGGAGGAGCCACAGCAGGAGAGAGAGUGUGAGGAGGAGCAGGAGUUUGAAGUAGAGGAAGAAGGGGAGUGUGAAGCUGAGGAGGCCUGUGAGGACGUACAAGAUGGAAACGAGGCUGAGGACUACCCAGCAGUCAUAGUGGAGGAGGUGCCCGGUGCCUGCCUGGCCGAGGAGCAGGGAUACUCAGCCCAGGUGUUUGUGUAUGAUGACGAGGCCUACCUGGUGCAGGAAAUGGGCGAUGAGCUGGAGGUGCAGACAGUAGGAGAGGCAGUGGAGGCGUCUGUCCAUGGCACCAGUAUCCACUGCUCUGAUAAGACCAUUGAGGCUGCAGAGGCUCUGCUCCGCAUGGAUUCACCUUCCAGCCUUAGAGAGGACCGCAGCCCAGAGACCUAUGUCCCGCCCUGUAUAGUGACGCCAGAUUUCCUUCAUGCUGCCAUGCGUCCCGACAUGAUUGCAGAGACGGAGGUGGAGAUCUCGACAGAGGAGUGCUGUGAGGAAGAGGAUGAGGAGAUGGUCAGCCUGCUGGAAGAACCAGAUCCAGGCCAAGAGCCUGUCAGGAAGAGGAAAGCAGGAAGGAAGCCAAAGACGCAUCAGUCAGCUAUUUCCAACGGCUCACUGGACCUCGGCAUCAAGAAGAAGCCCAGAGAGGGGAAAGCAGGCAGCACCACCUACCUGUGGGAGUUCCUGUUGGACCUCCUCCAGGACAAGAACACCUGUCCCAGGUACAUUAAGUGGACCCAGAGAGAGAAGGGCAUCUUCAAACUGGUCGACUCGAAGGCCGUGUCCAAAUUGUGGGGCAAACACAAGAACAAGCCAGACAUGAACUAUGAGACCAUGGGACGGGCACUCAGAUAUUACUACCAGCGCGGCAUCCUUGCUAAGGUGGAGGGCCAGCGGCUGGUGUACCAGUUCAAAGAGAUGCCCAAAAACAUCGUCAUCAUCGAUGACGACAAAGCAGACAUGCCCUCCCCCGAGGAUCUGAUCGCCACUGAGACUGUAUCCUAUGAGCGAGUUCCACCUCCAUCAGACAUGCUGCUGCAGGCAAGCGGGCUGUCAUCCUCAAAGAAGCCGAACAUCCUGAGGGGUGGGAACAGGGCCAAUGUGGUCCAUGCCUCGGUCCCCAGCAAGACAGCAGCAGGAGGAGGCGCAGCGAUGAUGGCAGGGGCACAGAGAGUCGUGUCAUCGGAUGGAAGUCAGACUCAGCAGUCUCACACGGCCAUCAUCCCCACUGCCACCGGGCCCAGGACAGUGCGGGUGGCGAUGCAGGUGCCUGUUGUCAUGACGACAUCACUGGGUCAGAAGAUCUCCACUGUUGCUGUGCAGCAGCCGACAGGAACAAUGGGGGCAGCUGGCCACACCUCCCUCCUCACCAACACCUCAGCUGGUAACACCAACUCCCAACAGAAGGUUGUGAUCCAGACCAUCCCCACCAUGGUCCCAGCCACAGCGGAGAACGGAGACAAGAUCACUGUCCAGCUGGCCAAGAUCAUUACCAUCCCGGCCCACCAGUUAACUCAGUGUCAGCUCCAGACCUCUACGGGCUCAAACAAGUCCAGCGUCGGGGGGUCCCCAGCGGGCAUCAGCCUCCUUGGGAGCCCCCUGACGGUCCGGACCCUGGCACCAGUCAAUGUCGCCCCGGGAACACAAGUGAUGAGGCUCACUGUGCCGACGCAGACACAACAACAGACUCUGGUGGUGUCUCAGCCUGGUAGCGGGGCGGGAGUAGUAACGGUAUCGACAGCCAAUCAUCCGGUGACAGCACAGCCUCGGAUAAUCAGCGGCAUCAUUAACGCUUCCGAGCUGGUGAUCGGAGCACCAGCAGCCGGGGGGGUCACCGUGGAGAAGCUGAAGGCUGCAGGAGUACCGGUCCAAAGUGUGCCGGUACCAGUGGCAGUCCAGCAAAACCAGAUGAACCCAAAACCUGCCAAGAGUGUCCAGACAGAGGCCGUUGAUGCUGAGGUGGUGAUCAAACUGGAAACACCCGGCGUGACGAUAAAGACUGAAGAGCCCGAGUGUUAAAACGCUCCUCCCUCUCUGCCAGAGACAGUUACUUUGUACAUGUCUGACAUCUUUUUUUACUCUUGUAAUAACCAGCAGCAGUCUGUGAGACUUUAAAGACUCCUGAAGGCCUAUUUCUUAGUCCUGAACCGUCUUCUUCUGAUCACAGCCAGUCCUCAGAACCACACUGAAACCUCUGCGAGCGACGUGGAUGGAGGUCAGAGCGCUCCUGCUUCACAGACUGCAAGGGGACUUGUUGGGAAAAGGUAAAGGGACCAACCCUGAUCACUACAGUUUCUGCCUUCUAAAACAGAUCACUCCACUCACUGAACUCCACCUGGGAAAAAGAAAAGAAAAGUCCCUCGAAAAUCCACAAAAAAGCUGAAACACUACAACACAAAGGCAAAUAAUUACAACUACCUGCAUCUUCAACUCAACUCAAAAAAAUCAGUGAUGGAUGUACUGAAGCUUUUGUAGAGACCAUUUGUUUAUAAUUUUGCCUCUAUAGAUGUGAAAACCAGCAACUUAUUUUUUUUUUUUUACUUAUAUCACUGUGCAGAUCAAGAGUGUGAGGUGCUACAUGAGUGCUCAAAGAGUGAGAGAGACAGAAAGCUGAGCUGGGAGAAGCUCUGACAAGUUAUCAGACAGGAAACAGUCAUAUAUAUAUAUAUAAAUAUAUAUCGACGAUAUAUACAGUUUACGGAGCUAAAGUUAACAGAACAGCCUUAGAUUUUAAUUUUGACUUUGUUUUUUUGUGUAUUAUCUGAACAGUAAGCUGAUAUUUCUUUGUGUUUUGAUACCUUGUACCAAGCACAGUAUUAUUGAAACUAGAUAACAAAUUUUUGUAUUCUUACGAGUUCCUGUGUCUCUCUGAGGCUGUUAAAGGCUCCUGUAGACGAAGACAGCAGCAUGAUGCAGAUCAGUGGGCUGACGGUGUGUUUGUACUCCAGCGUCAAGGCUUAAGAUCGAGCCUUAAUGGACUAAAUGAUCUCGGCUAUUGCUCAAUUCUUUUUUUUUUUUUUUUUUUUUUUUUUUAAAUGAAAGAAGUUUGUUCUUUUCACAACCCAACACAGAAGAAACGUGACUCGGAGCUGGUGCAUGCUGCCGUGUCGUGAUAAAAAGAAUCCAAAUAGGAAUGUGCGUGUAUGUGUGUCAGGUCGACAAUUCAAUGAAGCAAUUAUUUUAAUAAUUAAAAGAGAGGCAUUAAAAAUUAUACGUUUUUGCUAAAUGUAUGCAAAAAAAAAAAAGAAACCCACUUUGGAUCCCAGGUCACUUUAGUUUAAACAAAGGGUCAAUUUGCCAGCAGACUUUUUUUCCCCUGCCUUUUUGGCCCUGCCCAAACAUUUCAUUCUUAUUUUUAUCUAAUGAGGGAAGAUGGAGAGAAAGGUUCUUGUGUUCAGACUGAACUGUUUGUAUAUUCAACAUUUGAACUAUAUUCUAUUUUGUUGUACUCUUGUUUCAAAGUGUAUUAAAGUAGAUUUUACUGAAAUAUAAAAAGACAUUUGAAACAUGA